AUGAGCGAAUUUGGAAGUAAUAAAGGUGCUCUUCACCCAGAACAGAAGAAAUGGAAGGCCCCCAAAGGUCCCAAACCAGUCCAUCACAAGAACAAGAACAUGAUUGGUCUUGGUCGAUCCAUUGCUAAUCAACGUCGUCAAGAGAAUCAAAUCGAAUUCUUGCCUGAUGGGGAAAUGAGAUUCACUACUGACAAGAAAGAAGCCGAUUGGGUCAAGUUGAGAUCUGUUACCCAGGAAAACUCCCUUGACGAGUUUUUAAACACUGCUACUUUAGCAGACACUGAUUUCACAGCGGAAAAGGGACAGCAAGUUAGGAUCAUCAAGGUGGGUAAUACGAAUAUUGUUAACCAAAGUGGGUUGUUGACGAAUGACGAAAUGUUGGCUGUACGUCAAAGACACAUGGUUUUUGAAAACAAGUUGACCAUUCCUAGACGUCCCCGCUGGAGCAAAGAACAAAGUAAAUUGCAAAUUGAACGUCAAGAGAAUUUGGCAUUUUUAGAAUGGAGAAGAGAGUUGGCAGCCUUGACUGAGAAUAACGAUUUGUUGUUGACCCCAUUUGAACGUAACUUGGAAGUUUGGAAACAAUUAUGGAGAGUCGUGGAAAGAUGUGACUUGGUUGUGCAGAUUGUAGAUGCUAGAAGUCCGUUGUUUUUCAGAUCUAUUGAUUUGGAAAAGUAUGUCCAUGAGUUGAGUGACCCUGAAAACAACAAGACCAAAAAGAAUUUGUUAUUGGUGAAUAAGGCUGAUUUGUUAACCAGAGAUCAACGUAUUGCCUGGGCUGACUACUUCCACGCCAAAAACAUCAACUAUGUGUUCUUCUCCGCUGCCAAGGCUAACGAAUUAUUAGAAAAGGAAAAAGAAGAGUUGGAAAACUUGAGACUUGAUCCAAACUACCAACCACAAUCAAAAGACGACGACGACGAAGAAGAAGAGAUUGUCGAAACAAACGACUCAAUCCGUAUUCUUAAAAUCGAAGAGCUUGAAGAGUUGUUCAUGUCAGAAGCCCCUGAAUUCGAAAUAGAUCCAGAUUUUCCUGAUCGUAAAUUACAAAUCGGUCUUGUGGGUUACCCUAACGUCGGUAAAUCAUCCACCAUUAACGCCUUGGUUGGAUCCAAGAAGGUCUCAGUUUCAUCUACCCCAGGUAAAACCAAACAUUUCCAAACCAUCCACUUGUCCCCUGACGUUUUGUUAUGUGAUUGUCCCGGUUUAGUGUUCCCUAAUUUCGCCUACACCAAUGGUGAAUUAGUAUGUAACGGUGUCUUGCCAAUUGAUCAACUCCGUGAACAUAUCCCUUCGGUAUCUCUCGUGUGUCAACGUAUCCCCAAGUUCUUCUUGGAAGCAGUCUACGGUAUCCACAUCCCUAUUCAAAAAGUGGAAGAUGGUGGUAACGGAGAAUACCCAACCGCCAGAGAAUUACUUAAUGCAUACGCCAGAGCAAGAGGGUACAUGACCCAAGGUUUCGGUUCUGCUGAUGAACCAAGAGCAUCCAGAUACAUUUUGAAGGAUUACGUCAAUGGGAAAUUACUUUAUGUUAAUCCACCACCAAAGAAACAAGAUGAUGAAUGGACAUUACCAAAGUUGGAAGAAUGUCGAGAUUUCAAUAAGGAGUUAUACACAUUGAAUCAUUUACCUGAAUCAAGACAACAGCAAAUCAUCGCUGCCAUGAUGAAAAAGAACAUCUCCGUCGAUGAGUUUGAUCUUGCCCAAGAUUUAGCCAAAUUGAAUUUCUCCAUGCACAUAGGGAAAGACGAAAAGACCAAUGAUACCGGAUCACCCAAGACGUUGUUUUACGGUGGGAAACAAGCCGCGUUGGAAAGUGCUGGUGAUGAAUUGGAUCGUGAGUUUUUCAAAAUGAAUGGAGUUGAAGGAAAGUUUGUUACCCCAUUCCACAAGAAAGAAUCUGGCGAUGGCAAGGGAAAGAAACAUAAUAAGAAAAACAAGAAACAAGACAAGAAGAUUAGAGUUGUUGGUUAUUAG